AUGUCUCUAUCUCUCACCGCUCACAUACAGCUCUUUCAGAGAUUUCUCUACCCGAUUAUGCCCGUGGUCGACGACGACAUUCUGGCCGAUGCUGCCAGAAUAGAUCAGCUCCCACCUUCACGAUAUGCCCUCAUACUUGCAAUAUGUGCCGCGACAAGAAUGCAACUACGACUAGAUAAACGCGUUGAUGGUUCCGACAACGACCUCAACGCGGAAAUUCCUCCCGAACCACGACUAGAUGGAGAUAUUCUAGUAAGCCUUGCCGAGAAUUCUCUGCGACAAUACAGCGUAAUUGACGAUACGACACUUGACUCGACUCUGGUCUCGUUCUUUCUCUUUGCAAGUUACGGCAACCUCAACGACUCCCGCCAUGCUUGGUACUACCUCAAUCAGAGCAUCACUCUCGCACAGGCGCUUGACUUGACGCGGGAAUCGGGAUACCAUGGAUUGCCUGAUGAGGAUAGAGAAAAGAGACGUCGGGUGUUUUGGCUUUUAUUUGUAACAGAAAGGACCUUCGCCUUACAGCAUCGAAGACCAGUCAUGCUACGAAGCACAGUUAACAAACCGCAAAUCGUCGAUUCCAACUGCCCUGUUGUCAUGCACGACUUUAUAAACCACAUCAGCCUCUUCGAAUCACUCCCAUACUCAUUAUAUGAGUGGCAGCCCGAGAAUGACGACAGACGAUUCGAGGAUUUGAAGCUUGUGCACAACAUAAACGAGAGGCUUUGUAAGGUCAAACCAGAGCAAUCAAUUAUCGAAAGUCAGCGAUUCGACACUCUCAUAACACAGCAAUGGCUUAGGGUAUCCAUGUGGCGUAUUGCAUUUGGACAGAACCCGUCUUCUGCAUCUGGGUUUGGGCUUUUACUUCCACCGGCUCUUCCAAUGGAUGCAGGCAAGAUCAUCAUGUCAGCUUUGGGGUCCGUGGGGACCAAGUCUAAAGACUGUCAUGGUAUUGGAAUGGAACAAAAGUUAUUCGAUGUUGGCGUUAGUCUUGCCGACACAGCUCAACUGCCUGGCUGGACAUGCAACGCACUAGAGAAUGGGCCUCGUGAUUUACUCUCUGUAGUCAUCCAUGCUUUAUCUACCGUUCGAGGCUCACAAUCACACCUACUACCGAAUCUUCUGAGGCACUCGGAAUCGUUGUUCGCGCUGUCAGACCCGAGCGCACAUAUCGAUCUUGAAUGGGACAUGCUGGAAGAGGGAAAUUGCAAGAUGGAUGCUAUUGUGGAAGAGAUUUCAGAGGGAAGUGAAGAAUUUGUUGAGCCAUUGUCUUGGGAACCAGAGACUGGGCUUGAUUUGCUGGAUUUAAGCACACCUGUUGUGACAUCUACGUGGAGUGAUGCAUCGGUGUUAUGUGAUCAAUUUGAUCCUAAUGUUGGUUUGUCAUUCAGCUGA